GGAGGAAGUACUUUCAUACACCUGCUGCUGGAGGAGACGGAGGCUUUUCAGUUUUGGUCCCAGCAGCACCAGUAGAGAUGUCCCAGCAGCACCAGUAGAGCUGUUGUAAUAUAAGCUGGGCGGAGCUUCAGGAUGGACAUCCUGGUGGCGAAGCUGCUCGGCCUGCUGUUAUUGUUCGGCCUUAUGCUGGCAGGCGUGUUGGUCCCGGUGCGCCUCCUGCUGGUCGACUACGACAAGGCACAGCGAUACAGGAGAGCUCUGUCCCUCUGCAACUCGUUUGGAGGCGGCGUUUUCCUCGCAACGUGCUUCAACGCUCUGCUGCCCGCCGUCAGAGACAAGGUGUCAGACGUGUUCCAGCAGCUGAAGAUCAGCAGCGACUACCCGCUGGCUGAGACGAUGAUGAUGCUUGGCUUCUUCCUCACCGUGUUUGUGGAGCAGACCGUGCUCACCUUCAGGAAGGAGAAACCGUCCUUCAUUGACCUCGAGACCUUUAACGCUGGCGGCUCAGAGGCGGGCAGCGACUCUGAGUAUGACACGCCCUUCAUCUCCUCGGCGCGUGGGUCAGCAGGUGGGCGGCGCUCACACGGACACCAGCAUGGGCACUUCAGCCCUGCAGAGCUGGCAGGGGCGGGGCCUCUACGGCUGGCCAGCCUGGUCCUGGCGCUGUCGGCCCACUCUGUGUUUGAGGGUUUGGCGCUCGGCCUUCAGGAGGAUGGCGCCAAGCUGGGCAGCCUCUUCCUAGGCGUGGCUGUGCAUGAGACCCUGGCCGCCGUGGCGCUUGGAGUGAGCGUGGCUAAGGCGUCACUUGGGAUGAAGGAUGCGGCAAAGCUGGGUGUCACAGUGAGCCUGAUGAUCCCUCUGGGGAUGGUGGUGGGGAUGGGCAUCGAGUCGGCGCAGACGCUGGCAGGGAGCGUGGUGUCGGUGGUGCUGCAGGGACUCGCCGCCGGAACUUUCCUCUUCGUCACUUUCUUUGAGAUCCUGUCGCGAGAGCUGGAGGACAAACAGGACCGGCUCCUCAAAGUGCUCUUCCUCAUCCUCGGAUAUGCGGCGCUCGCCGUGCUCGUCUUCAUCAAGUGGUGACAAACAGGAAGCGCAUGCACAAACACAGCAAUACCAAAGUAAAAGUCUGCAGGAACAUCUGAUAUUAGAGAUUGAAAUGUUUUUUUUCCCAUAAGAACUCCAACUGUCUGACCAAAUAGUCAAACUAAAUUUAUUCAGGAAAUUUAACAAAUUGAGGCAACACAAAGACGACUGUUACGACCCGGCUCGUGGGGAAAAAGGGAAGUAACAAAACCAGAUGGAAUUGGUUAAACCAAAAAUUAUUUAAUUACAAAAGAGGUAAAACUGUUUUACAACAUGUGGAAAACAAGAGGUAACUGAAAGGACCGGUGCAUGUUGAUCCUACCUGUAAAAGAGUAUAAAGGGGGACUAAAACUAAGGUUUAGCAGCUAGCUGACUAGUUUGUGAAAAUAAAUAAAAAUAAACCUAACUGCCUACUCUAUCUACCCAAAUCUAACAUCAAAAAGGAACAGCACCCCUAAUUCCUAGUGAGACUAAACAAUAAAAGCAACCUAAUGUGCAUGUGUGUGUGAAUUAAACUAAACUAAAUUCCUGGCCCAAUCUUAAGUGAACGAGUACCUCAUAAACAAUAACAAGUUCUAAUUAAGAACAAUUUACAAAGAUAACCAGCUGUAGUUAACAAAGCAAAUACUAAGUUCUAGUUAGAACAAUUCAAAGUUAACUUCAAGGGCUAUCUGGACAAGAGGUACAGGGGCAAGCUGAUUCUGAACCAAGCUGCCGCAGACUGGUGUUUCAGGGAGCUUUUGUAGGUGCAGGUCCUCUCUGAUUGGCUAAUUGCUUCAGCUCAGCUGCACACCAAUCAAGCUUCUCAGCUGGCAGCACAGGUGGAUGACAUUACCUGAAGAUCACAGCACCCUCACACAAAUACACCCACAUACACACACAGAACACUCCACAGAGGUUAAUCUCACACAUAGGAGAGGGCAGCUGGGGCCGUAACAACGACCUACUAGGCGCUGUGACGUCAUUGAUGGGUGUGGUUACAGGUGCAACUUAAAGUCAGUGAUGUGCAGAAAUGGGUCUACUCUUAGUUUACACUCCACUCUCCUUUGCACAUUACCAUCAUCAUCUGCAGCUAAUAAACCAGAGAUCGCUGCCUAUCGAACAGGGAAUGUCUCUAAAAAUAAGUACAACCACAUAAUUGGCAGAAAAAGUAAAAAACAACACACGACAGGCUUCCUUUAAUGUCUCUUCUUGAUGUCAGAGAUGUUCUGCAGAGUUAUAAGAGCGUUAAAGUCAAAACACUAACAGUAAACCUUCAUAUUAUCCAGAAUAAUCUAUAUACUGUUACAUGAUGUUAUUGGUGUUAUUGGAGCUCAUUUACUGACUUUAUAAACUGCUGGGUAGUUUGUGUAAAUCUAUCAGGGAUCAAUAAGGUUCUAUUCAUUUUUUAUCAUUAUUUAUUAUUGUUAUAUUUUAUAUUAAAAAGGUGAUUCUACAAGUUAAACGUGGUGAAGCUUAAAGUAUAUUCCCUCUAGGUGAAAUAGGAAUACUGCAGUUAAUAUAAGUGCUAAAAAGUUGUUUUUUGAGUAAAUGUACUCAGCUUUCCUCUUUGCAUGGAAGCCCAAAGUAGACAUACAUCCAUACAUUUUAUUUAACUAAGUUUACAUGAUGAGUUCAUUUUAGUCUUCUGUCAAGGUCUCAGAAUGAUUACCUCAUUCUCAUGGGAAAACCUAACCAUGCAAAGCAGAUGGAUUCGCCCGUUUCCGUGUUUCUCACUGGUGAUUCCAUCUUGCAAAGCUCCCAUCUGAACCGUUUGGGCCCGGUUAGAAAGCGAUAGGACCAAUCAGCGUCGAGA